AUGAACAAAAUCUGCCCCAACGUUCGUGCAGAGAGAACCUGUAAUAUACACGGCUGCUCACUGAUCCAUACGGUGUAUCGAUGUUCAGUAUGUCGUGCCCCGUUCGCUUCUCAAUCGGCGUGCAGGCAACACGAGGCGUCCAAGGCGCAAGCGCAUCGUCGGGCAUACAGUUGUGCACUUUGCUCUGUGCUGAGCUUAAACCAGGCAGACUAUGAAGAUCAUAUGCGAGGUCGGAAGCACAAGGCUAAGUCAGCUGCCGCCCAGUCGCAGGCUAAAACCCCGCCAGCCGAGACAACUGUUCCUGACAAUCAUAGGCAUUGCGAUGUUUGCAGCACUUUCGUCCACAACAAAUUGUGGGCUCAGCAUGCCAAGGGAAAACGCCACAGAUCUCGCGUUGCAUGCCAGGUUCUCACCAACUCAUCGCACAAGACAGAGGUCGACAAAUAUGGUGUCCAACUUGACUGCGAUAUUGUGAAUUUCGGAUUUAUCGACAAGACCUCCGAGACCACUACCUCGACGAAAGACGUCAAGAUCAUGAAUAGGAGCUUUUUCACAAUCGACCUUGUGGAAGCCAAGCUGACUUCCUGUGUCAGGGCUGACGUUUUCCAAGUCACUGACGCAACCAGACGUCGCUCAAUCACCUGCACAAACUCAACGAACAUCAAAAUUCAACUAUCCGUCAGAAAGCAGCAACGGGGAAAUUUUGAGAGUAGACUCGAAUUAUGUUUUGAGAUCCCAGCUCAAAAUCGUAGAUUCGUAAUAACCCGGCUUAUUACUGCGAGGGUUGGCUCUGAGUUCGAUCACGAGACGUUGAAGGCUACGGAAUCAUACAUACCGCGAAAGAAGAAUGGCAGACCCAGGAUUACUCGAUUCAUCCCUGGUAUUCGUCCUCCGUACCUUACGAACAUACGAUGGGCUAAAAAGCUAGGCAAGUUCAAUCAGCCCGGUGGUCUAAUCGAAGCCGCUUUCGCGGAAGGCAUAGGUAUCAAGGACAGAGUAAAUGCAACCCGCUCUUCUUUCAUGCCUGGAACGUUUCGAGAGAAACAAUAUAGCAGGCAUUUGCAAACAAUGCUGUGGAUUGAAGAGGAACAGGCAAGGCAAGAACUCUCUGGGUAUGACAUGGAAAAUGUCAAACUCAUUCCGCAAGGAAAGCUUUUCAAACUGCAAAUACCUGGCCUUGCCGAGAAACGUCCAAGCGUCCUUCGUGGCGACAGCAUAUUUGCUGUACUGUCAAACUCAUCGAGCACUCCAUAUCAAGGAUUUGUCUAUGACGUUCAGGAUAAAUUCGUGUUUAUUUAUUUCAACAAGAAGUUCAAAGUCGAAGCCAAUGCCACAUAUAACGUCCACUUCGACCUCAACCGACUAGUAUUCCGUAGAAUGCAUCAGGCUUUGACCUGUCCAACGUUUUCUUCACGGGCCGCUUUUCCUGACCCUGCGCAAGAGCUGAAGACAGUAUCGCAUGUCCUGGUAGAAUCUCUUGAACUCUUCAAUGCCAAAGUCGCAGAGAACCACAGUCAACGUCAUGCAGUUGCAUCAAUACUCUAUAUGCCUGCAGGAAGUGUACCAUUCAUCGUUUUUGGCCCGCCUGGGACAGGUAAAACUGUAACAAUAGUAGAAGCUAUACGCCAAAUUAUUUCCAGGAAUCAAAACGCACGUAUCUUGGCUUGUGCACCGAGUAACUCUGCAGCAGAUACUCUUACAGAGCGUCUUUCUGCUCUCAAAGAGAACGAGUUAAUCCGGCUGGUUGCCCCAUCGCGCACAGAGAGUUGCAUUCCCAAAAAUGUACUCAAGUUUACACAUCGCAACUCAGAUGGUAUUUUUGUUUGCCCAACCGUACAAGAACUCAAAACAUUCCGAGUCAUUGUAAGUACGUGUUGUAAUGCUUCAACACUCUAUGGAAUGGGCGUCGAGGCGGGUCAUUUCUCGCACAUCUUCGUCGACGAAGCUGCUCAAGGGAUUGAACCCGAGAUCAUGAUUCCGAUUCGGACAAUGCUUGGUCCCCAAACCAACGUCAUCUGUUCUGGAGAUAUUAAGCAACUUGGACCAAUUGUGCGCUCUCCCGUGGCACGCGAGCUGGGACUCAGUAUGAGCUAUCUGGAGCGACUCAUGCUUACAUCAAUGUACAACGAGGAUGCAUCGAAAGGAAAAUCGAUGGUUAAACUAACAAAGAACUACCGAUCUCAUCCAGCAAUCCUUGAUUUCCCUAACAGGAAAUUCUACAAGAAUGAGCUCGAGGCAUGUGCACGCCGCGAGAUCUCACAUUCUAUUGCUAGUAGAUGGGAUGGACUGAUCAACAAGGACUUCCCUAUUAUAUUUCAUUCAACUUGUGGACAAGACGAGCGUGAAGCAUCCUCGCCCUCGUAUUUCAACAUCGAUGAAGCGAGCCUUGUCAGGGAUUACGUCAGGAGUCUUCUAAGUGUUGGAGCCCUUCGCCUGAAUCCUGAGGACAUUGGUGUGAUUACUCCCUACCGUGCACAAGUGCGUAAAGUCCGGCAACUACUGGGGACAUUUGCAAGAGAGACCAGAGUCGGGAGUGUCGAGGAGUUUCAGGGGCAGGAAAGGAGAGUGAUAAUAAUAUCAACCGUACGGUCCUCGCGUGACAUGAUAAGUUACGACCUACGCCACACACUUGGAUUCGUCGCAAACCCAAGGCGCUUCAAUGUUGCCGUGACCCGCGCUCAAGCGCUCCUAAUUGUCAUUGGAGACCCGUUCGUCUUAGCCUUAGAUCCUCUUUGGAAGGAAUUCAUCAAUUACGUUUAUCUUGGAGGAGGUUAUACUGGUGAAGAUUUUGACUGGGACCCGACAGAACCAGUAGAUAGCUCCACCAAGGCUGACGAAGAGAGACGGGCACAAGGCUUAACUGAAUUGGAAAACUUAGUCAGGCGAAUAAGCGAGGUGGAUCUGGCCGAUGAUGGUGGCCAUGAAGAUGCUGCUGUAUUCCGUGAAGAAGACUGA